AUGAACUUCGGUGCAGUUGCGCAAGCGGCCGCGCUUGAAGCAGUGCGGUGGAUCAUAGCGGUCAGGAGAACCCUUGAUGGAAAUGCAGGCAUUAGAGAUGAGACCGCCAUCAGUAUCGGAAACUACACUGUCUACUGCGGUGAUGCUGAUGAAAGGAAAGUAGAUGCAGCUCUGCAGGAUCGCAGACUUAAACUCUGGAUCGUAGGUGCCCGUGCACCUACGGAAACCAAUGAGGGCAACAGUAAGGUCGCCUUCUAUGACUUACUUAAUGCGCUGAUGCCGAAAAUGCCCAACCAGGAGGUGGUCAUUGUCGGAAUCGACGCAAAUGCGAAGAUAGGACUAGAACAACAAUCCGAUGUGCUAGGAGAAUGGUAUAACCCAGCGAAGUGCACGUCGGAUAACGUAACCGUCCGGUCGGCUUUUGAGAACAGAUAG